AUGACUAUUGAUGUUGCAGGUGAGAGCAGGAUAUCAGAUAGUUAUAAGAUGCGUGUAUUGAAUGAAGCAUUAGAGGGUUUAGAGAUGGUGGGUCCUCAGAGUUUCAUAGAAAAUGGCUCAGAGCUGCAAGCUUCGGCAUUGAAAAAGCUUGAAUCAGCUUUCAUGUCUGUUGUGGAAAACAGUGUUGCUAUAAAUCUUCAUGGUAAAAAAUCUUCUGAGAAGGAGGAUUUGGUUUUAACUUUGGAUUUAAGGGUUGUUGGAUUGAUCAACAUAAUUGCAGAGAAGUUGAAUACCUUUGGUAGGGGUCAGAAGUGCUUGAAAAUGUAUUGGGAAGUCAAGAUUAAGAUCCUGAGAGACAGUUUCAAAAGCAUGGAGACUCAUUAUCUGAGGUAUAAUACUGUAGAGAGUGUUGAUGCCACAGAAUGGCAUGAUCUAGAGGGCUAUGUUGCAAAUUGGUUGGUGAUGUUGAAGAAAAUAGUGAAGGUCUUGGUGUCUUUUGAGAGGGAUCUCUGCUGCAAGAUUUUCGAUACAUUUGGGGAAAAGGUAUGGACAGAGUGUUUUGGAAAAUUGGUUUUUAGGAGUGGUAUGAGUGCGCUGAUAGAGUUUGGGGAAGUUGUUGCACUGAGCCAAACUCAACCCCAGAAGCUGUUUAAACUGUUAGAUAUGAUUGAAGGGUUGCAAAGCCUGAAGGAAGAUUUUGGAAAUCUUUUUGAAGGGUCAGGAUGCUUGGAAAUCAGGGUUAGGUUACAAGAUUUGGAGAAAAAAUUGGUGCACAGUGCUUGCCAAGUGUUGAGAGACUUUAACGGGAAAAUUGUGGAGGAUGCAGGGAUUUCCAUAGAUGGAACUGCACCAAGGAUUGCUAGUUACGUUGUAAAUUAUCUAAAAUUAAUGGUGACCAAAUAUGGAAAAGUGAUGACAGGGGCUUUGGAAAUGGAGGACAGUACAAGUCUUGCACAAAAUGUUAGUCUUGUUUUGAUAAUAAAAGCAACCAAAAACGAGGGGGCUGACCCAUGGGUACAAUUAAGAGAACAAUGGAAGGACCAUUGUCCACAAACAAUCAGCACAGAAGCAGCCUUUUACCUCUAUCAAAAACAAAAACCAUCAUACGAGAGUUUAUCAGCAAUAAAAUACUACCAAUCAGAGCAUACUUCCAGUGCCACGCAGGGCUAUAAGCAUUAA